UAAUCAGCCGAAACGUGAGAUUACAAAGUGCAAUAAGCUCAAUAAAAAUAUAUUUUGCUGAAACCGGAUAAACAGACAGUUUCACGCCCUCACCUUUGGUAGCUCAGUUUUUGCAAUGGGUACAGCAGUCCAAGUAUCACCGUUAAUUGUACAUCCCAUUUUUAAGGAGACCCAUAUUGACACUCCUCAUAAAAGUCUCAAUUUUUCGAAGAAACUCGUGAAAACGCAAUCUUUUAGAGAUAUUUGUAAGCAAGGGAGUCUCAAAGAAGCUUUUGUGUCACUUAGUGAUGGACUAGCGGAUCAAAAGAGAAGUCAAGAUUGUUUUGAUGAACAUUACUCGUUAGUGCUCGAGCUUUGUGGGAGUCAAAAGGCUUUGUUUCAGGGCCAACAAAUUCAUACCCGUGUUUUGAAAUCAGAUCAUGUAUAUGAUCAAGUGUUUUUGGGAACAAAGCUUGUUUUCUUUUAUGGGAAAUGUGGGGUUUUUUCCGAUGCUCGGAAGGUGUUUGAUGAAAUGUCUGAGAGAAGUGUUUUUACGUGGAAUGCGAUGAUGGGUGCUUAUGUGACAAAUGGGGAGCCUUUUGAGGCACUGGAAUUGCAUAGGGAGAUGUGGGUUUCUGGGAAUUCUCCUGAUGCUUGGACUUUUACGUCUGUACUUAAGGCGUGUGGUGAGUGUAUAGAGAUAUGUCAUGGGAAACAAAUUCACGGGCUUGUUAUUAAGCAUGGGUUGUUUACAAAUGUGUUUGUCUUGAAUGCCCUGAUGGCUAUGUAUACCAAGUGUAGGGAUCAAAAUGCUGCAAUGCUGUUAUUUGAUCGAAUGGUUGAGACAAAGGAUGUUGUAUCAUGGAAUUCCAUUAUUUCAGGUUUUAACGCAAAUGGGCAAUAUAUGAAAGCACUGAGUAGUUUUAGAGAUAUGCAAGUCACUGAGAUUUUCCCAACCACAUAUACCUUUGUUAUUACUCUGCAAGCUUGUGAAGAGCUGGUGUUUUUGAAUUUUGGUAAGCAGAUCCAUGCUAGUGUACUUAAAUCCUCUCAUUAUGCUGACAUUUAUGUUGCCAAUGCUUUGAUAGUGAUGUAUAGUAAAUGUGGUAAAAUGGCUGAGGCUGCAAUAAUUUUUUUUGAUAUGGAAGUAAAGGAUAAUAUUUCAUGGAACUCGAUGCUAUCUGGAUUGGUUCAAAACGGUUUGUAUGAUGAAACUCGUGAAAUGUUUCGGGAGAUGCAGAAGGCUCGAUAUGAACCUGAUAAGUGCUCAGUUUUAAGUAUGCUUGCUACCUCUGGUCGAUUGCGAAACAUAUUCAUUGGUAUGGAACUUCAUGCUUACACUAUAAAAAAUGGAAUAGAUGGUGACUUGCAGGUUGGUAACACACUGAUUGAUAUGUAUGCAAAAUGUUGCAAGAUAGAUAAUAUGAACAAUGUAUUCAAUAGAAUUCUUUUUAAGGAUGGUAUAUCAUGGACUACUAUAAUUGCGGGUUACAUUCAGAACAACUGUCACUUAAAGGCCAUUCAAUUUUUUCGGGAAGCAUUGUUGAAAAGAGUUAAUGUUGAUUCAAUGAUGAUUGGGAGCAUUCUUCAAGCUUGUAGCAGGUUACAUUGCAUUUUACUUGUUAAAGAACUUCACGGUUAUACAAUGCGAAGAGAAUUAUCUGAUAUUGUGCAGGAGAAUACAUUUCUGGAUCUUUAUGGAGAGUGUGGAAAUGUAAAUUAUGCAUUUCAUCUUUUUGAACAAAUGAAAAUUAAAGAUGUCGUAUCCUGGACAAGCAUGAUAUCUUGUUAUGUCAAUAAUAGACGUGCAAACGAGGGUCUAGCACUUUUCCUUUCCAUGAUAGCAGCAGGCAUCAAAUCUGACUCAGUUGCACUGGUGAGUGCACUCUCUGCUGCUGCAGAUUUAUCUUCUUUGAGAAAAGGGAAAGAGAUUCAUGGAUUUUUGAUUCGAAAGGGCUUCAUUAAGGAAGGUCAUGUUGCAGGGUCUCUUUUAGAUAUGUAUGCCUGCUGUGGAGCUGUGCAGAACUCAUGGAAGGUGUUUAGUUCUGUUGACGACAAGGACCUAGUUUUGUGGACUACCAUGAUUAAUGCAUAUGGAAUGCAUGGCUAUGGUGAGACUGCCAUUAGAUUAUUUCAAAUGAUGGUGGGUGAAAAAAUACUCCCAGAUCAUAUAAGUUUUUUAGCACUUCUUUAUGCAUGUAGUCAUUCAUCCCUGGUAGAUGAAGGCAGGAAGUAUUUCAAAAGUAUGAUUUGUGAAUACAAAUUAGAGCCAUGGCCAGAGCACUAUGUUUGUCUGGUUGAUAUGCUUGGCCGUGCAAAUCAACUUGAUGAGGCAUUCCAGUUUGUCGAGAGUAUGGAAGUAGAACCUACUGCUGCUGUCUACUGUGCUCUUCUUAAUGCUUGUCGUAUACAUCACAACAAAGAGGGAUCAGAUUUAGCUGCAAAAAAACUAUUAGAGUUAGAUCCGUGGGAUCCUGGGAAUUAUGUGCUUAUAUCUAACGUAUAUGCUUCACAAGGUAGAUGGGAUGAUGUAGAAGAAGUGAGAACUAAAAUGAAAGAAAAAGGACUAAAGAAAGAUCCCGCGUGUAGUUGGAUUGAAGUUGGCAAUAAUGUUCAUACGUUUACGGCAGGAGACAAGUCUCAUCCGGAGUCUGAUAAAAUCCAUCGAAAACUAGCUAGCAUUACCAGGAGAUUGGAAAUAGAGGGAGGGUACGUGGCGCAGACCAACUUUGUGCUACACAAUGUAGAUGAGAAAGAGAAGGUGAAGAUGCUUCAGGGUCAUAGUGAAAGAUUGGCUAUUGCAUAUGGUCUACUUACAAACUCUAGUGGAGCUCCUAUUCGGAUAACAAAAAAUCUCCGUAUUUGUGAUGACUGCCAUUAUUUCAGCAAGCUUGUGUCGAAGUUAUACGGAUGUGAAAUUAUAGCAAGAGAUGCUAACAGAUUUCAUCAUUUUGUUGGUGGAGUUUGCUCCUGUAGAAAUUUCUGGUAACAUUAUGAGUUAGGUAAAGUCAAUAUUGUUAAAGAAAAAUCUUGUACAAAGUUGUGGUGAAGAUGCUUCAGGCUCAUGUAGAAAUUUCUGAUAAGCAUUCUGAGGUAAAGUCAAUAUUGUAAAAAAUAAUUUGUACAAAGUUGUGGUGAAGAUGCUUCAGGUUUAUCUGGAAA